AUGAGCUGGUCCGAGCUGCCAGCCGAUCUCGUAUCGGGGAUCGCCGACAGGAUCACCGAGCACGCAGACCUCGCGCGCUUCCACUCGGUGUGCCCAUCCUGGCGCUCGGCCUCCGCGGCCCAUGCCGCCCGUCGCCGCGUCCCACUGCUUCUCGUCCCCUCCAUCUCCAGCGCCAACCACGGUCUUUGGUCCCACGCCGACGACAGGAUCGUGGAGAUCUCCGUCCCCGCCACCAGCGGUUUCUUCUUCCUCUUCGCUUCGCCGCGCGGCUGGACGCUCGGCGUGACCCACGACGGCGCCUCGGCCAAGCUGCUGCACCCCAUCACCGGCGCGUCGGAGAGCCUGCCCAAGCUGCCGCCAUCGUUCUUCCGCGACGGCGAUCGGAAGAUCCUCCGUGACAUGGUUUGGGAUCGGUCGCCGGACGCGAUCAUGGUCUCGCCGGGAAAGGGCGCCUUCUUCUGUCGGCUGCCCCCGUGUGGCGGCGGCGGAUCGUGGAGUCCGGUCGCCGGGUGCUCGCUGCAGAACGCUGGCCGUGUCAGCAGCAUCACCUACUGCGACGGCACGUUCUACCUCCUGGACGGGAGCACCCGCAGGGUCAUGGCCGUGGACGGCACAACCUUCGCUGUCGCCGGCGGAUAAAUUUCCUCCAGCUCCGCCCCGGUCAUGGUCUUGCCAGCGCGCUUCUGGCUCGAACCCAACUCCGUGCUCGUUGCGUCGUCCGGCGAGCUCCUUCUGAUCGUCAGGACGAGCCUCUUGCUUGAAGUAGUAUAUCACAGCUCGGAGGGCUUUCUCAAGAUCUUCCGCGCGGACGUCCGGGGCCCGGCAGCCGCGUGGUCGGAGGUCACCGACGGCAGCGGCAUCGGUGACCGCGCCGUGUUCGUGGACCACUUCCGCGGGUUCUGCGUCGAGGCCAGCGGGGUCAACGGGUUGAGGAGGAACUGCAUGUACGUGGCCAGAGGGUACGAGGUGGUCGACGACGACUACGGGAUGGACGUCUACGCCAAGUUCACCGUGUCCGUGCUCGACCUCGCCGAACUUGCCACCGAGAAUCUCGAGUACGGGAACCUGAGCAAGUUCCGCGACGGUUCGCUCUGGCGGUGGCCUUCCUGGUUAAUGACAAAUUUGCACUGA